AUGGUUUCAUUUGAAUUAGAUUUAGGGGGAGAUGUGCCAAGCAGUGAAAAGAGUGGAGAAAGGAAGGGGGUAAACCCCAGAAAGUGUAUUGGAGUAGGAGGAGAGUUAUCAGAAACUGCGGAUGAAGCUGUAUUACGUAAAGUGGGUACACUAUACGGAAUAAUUAGACCCAAUAUAGUAGAUCAGUGGGAUGACGAGGCAGGAAAGAAGAUUGCUGUACUGAUCGAAACAGAAAAGGAAUUAGACGUUAAUCUAAUACCAUUAAUGAUAAUGGCUGAUGAAGAAACCGGACGAAGAUGGUCUAUUAUUUGUCCUAAUAUCCGAGAAGACGACUCCACAAGUGUUCCCGUCUCUGCGAUGAUCUCGCCUGAGAGUGUGAAUAGAGGAGAGGCUAGUGGAAAUGGACACAAUGCUACAAAUAUGAAUGGGGGACAAUUCGAGACCAUGGUGGAACGGGUGGUCUCCCAACUUGAGAGAUGGCAUUACGAAGGGAGUUAUAGGAGGUUGAGGAUAUUCUCUGGUAUAGUGCCCGUACCUACAGGGGAAGAGCCUUAUGAAUCAUGGAAAGAAGCAGCCGUCCAACAAGCUGAAGAAUGGCAGUGUCCAGAUAAAAUAAAGCGACAAAGGGUGGUGGAGAGUCUACGAGGACCUGCUAUGGGGAUAAUACAAGCUGCCAGGAGAAGUAAUCCAAAUGCCACCCUGGAGACUUACCUUGAAGCUUUGGACUACGCAUACGGCACUAUGGAAGAUGUAGGGGAUCUUCUAUCAAGAUUACAUCACACUUUUCAAGAAUCUGGAGAGAAAUUGAGUGCCUAUGUCAUAAGAAUUGAUAAACUGCUGUAUAAGAUUGUAGAAAAAAAGGUAUCACCAGAGAAGAAGUAG